AUGGAGUUUCAGAAAAGAGGGCUUCCUCACUGUCAUAUUUUGCUCACGCUAGCUGCAGAGGAUAAGCCGAGAAACGCUACUGAAGUGGAUGCUGUAGUGCAGGCUGUCAUACCUGAUCCAAGUGGACAAGGGGGAGAAGCUCUUCGUCGUGCUGCAGAAAGAGACACGAUGCUAACAGCGUAUUUCAAACUCAACGCGGAACAUGAAGCCGCGUUCGGAGCUGGAAAUGCACCACGAGGUCUCUUCUGUUAUUACAAUCGUGUCCGCCACAGCUAUAACGACCACACAAAUCCAUUGCGGUCCUCUUUGUCGCUCUCAUCCCCUUCGCCAAAACUACACGCCUCAGAAGCCAUCGGUGGUGAGCGACUUAAACAUUGGGUUCCUUUUAUCGCUCUCACCGUCUCCUCCACCAAAACACUAAAGAAGAACACUUCGCUUGCCACUAGCCAAGAGCAACGAUAUCUUUCGGCAUAA